UGCAGCUGCAGCCUUCCAUCUCCUUUGUUAUCCCCCAGGCAGGCCCCUCUGGGGGGCAUGUGUGCGAGUUCUCUUUCCGAUUGUCAGAAAUUUCUUUUCCACUGUGUGGGCAAGAGACAGCAUAUUGAAAAAACUGUCUCCCUUCUCUUUAUUUUAUUUUCCGUUUCUCUCCCUGCCCUCCUCCUGCCUUCCUACCUACCCCCCUUCUUUCUUUUGAUUGCUCCUUCUUCCCCUUCAAUUUCACCCUCUCUCCUCCCCAGCCCUCCCUUGUUCCCCUUCCCCCAUCCUUUUGCUCUUUUAAAAGAAUUCAAUGAUGUCUCAGGAAUACUAGCACACUCUCCUCAUUCAGCUGAGCGCGGGACUCUGCGUUAAUUCAAGGAUGGCUCGCUUCGGGGAGGCGGUGGUCGCCAGGCCGGGGUCGGGCGAUGGAGACUCAGACCAGAGCCGGAACCGGCAAGGAACUCCGGUGCCGGCCUCAGGGCCCGCGGCCGCCUACAAGCAGUCGAAAGCGCAGAGGGCGCGGACUAUGGCUUUGUACAAUCCCAUUCCUGUCCGGCAGAACUGUUUCACCGUCAACAGAUCCCUGUUCAUCUUCGGAGAAGAUAACAUUGUCAGGAAAUACGCCAAGAAGCUCAUCGAUUGGCCGCCUUUUGAGUACAUGAUCCUGGCUACCAUCAUUGCCAACUGCAUCGUCCUGGCCCUGGAGCAGCACCUUCCUGAGGACGACAAGACCCCAAUGUCCCGCAGACUGGAGAAGACAGAACCAUAUUUCAUUGGGAUCUUUUGCUUUGAAGCCGGCAUCAAGAUUGUGGCCCUGGGCUUUAUCUUCCACAAGGGCUCAUAUCUACGCAAUGGCUGGAACGUCAUGGAUUUCAUUGUGGUCCUCAGUGGCAUCCUGGCCACGGCGGGAACCCACUUCAACACACAUGUGGACUUGAGGACCCUCCGGGCUGUGCGUGUCCUGAGACCCCUGAAGCUCGUGUCAGGGAUACCCAGCCUGCAGAUUGUGCUGAAGUCCAUCAUGAAGGCCAUGGUGCCUCUCCUGCAGAUUGGCCUCCUCCUCUUCUUUGCCAUUCUGAUGUUUGCUAUCAUUGGCCUGGAGUUCUACAGUGGGAAGUUGCACCGAGCUUGCUUCAUGAACAAUUCAGGUAUUCUGGAAGGAUUUGACCCCCCUCACCCAUGUGGCGUGCAGGGCUGCCCAGCUGGUUAUGAGUGCAGGGACUGGAUCGGCCCCAAUGACGGGAUCACCCAGUUUGAUAACAUCCUCUUUGCUGUGCUGACCGUCUUCCAGUGCAUCACCAUGGAAGGGUGGACCACCGUGCUGUACAAUACCAAUGAUGCCUUAGGAGCCACCUGGAAUUGGCUGUACUUCAUCCCCCUCAUCAUCAUUGGAUCCUUCUUUGUUCUCAACCUAGUCCUAGGAGUGCUUUCCGGGGAAUUUGCCAAAGAGAGGGAGAGAGUGGAGAACCGAAGAGCGUUCAUGAAACUUCGGCGCCAGCAGCAGAUCGAGCGUGAGCUGAAUGGCUACCGAGCCUGGAUAGACAAAGCAGAGGAAGUCAUGCUCGCUGAAGAAAAUAAAAAUGCUGGAACAUCAGCCUUAGAAGUGCUUCGCAGGGCCACCAUCAAAAGAAGCCGGACAGAGGCCAUGACACGUGACUCCAGCGAUGAACACUGUGUCGAUAUCUCCUCUGUGGGCACACCUCUUGCCCGAGCCAGCAUCAAAAGUGCAAAGGUGGAUGGGGCUUCCUAUUUCCGGCACAAGGAAAGGCUUCUGCGCAUCUCCAUCCGCCACAUGGUUAAAUCCCAGGUGUUCUACUGGAUCGUGCUGAGCCUUGUGGCUCUCAACACCGCCUGUGUUGCCAUUGUCCAUCACAAUCAGCCCCAGUGGCUCACCCACCUCCUCUACUAUGCAGAAUUUUUGUUUCUGGGACUCUUCCUCUUGGAGAUGUCCCUGAAGAUGUAUGGCAUGGGGCCUCGCCUUUAUUUUCACUCUUCAUUCAACUGCUUUGAUUUUGGGGUCACAGUGGGCAGUAUCUUUGAAGUCGUCUGGGCAAUCUUCAGACCAGGAACAUCUUUUGGAAUCAGUGUCUUGAGAGCUCUCCGGCUUCUAAGAAUAUUUAAGAUAACCAAGUAUUGGGCAUCACUACGGAAUUUGGUGGUCUCCUUGAUGAGUUCCAUGAAGUCUAUCAUCAGUUUGCUCUUCCUCCUCUUCCUCUUCAUCGUUGUGUUUGCUCUCCUAGGAAUGCAGCUGUUUGGAGGCAGGUUUAACUUUAAUGAUGGUACUCCUUCGGCAAACUUUGACACCUUCCCUGCAGCCAUCAUGACUGUAUUCCAGAUCCUGACAGGUGAGGACUGGAAUGAGGUGAUGUAUAACGGGAUCCGUUCCCAGGGCGGGGUCAGCUCAGGCAUGUGGUCAGCCAUCUAUUUCAUUGUGCUCACCUUGUUUGGCAACUACACACUGCUGAAUGUGUUCUUGGCUAUCGCUGUGGACAAUCUGGCCAAUGCCCAGGAGCUGACCAAGGAUGAGCAGGAGGAAGAGGAAGCCUUCAACCAGAAGCAUGCACUGCAGAAGGCCAAGGAGGUCAGCCCGAUGUCUGCACCCAACUUGCCUUCUUUCGAGAGGGAGCGCAGGCGCCGGCACCACAUGUCUGUGUGGGAGCAGCGUACCAGCCAGCUGAGAAGGCAUAUGCAGAUGUCCAGCCAGGAGGCCCUCAACAAGGAGGAGGCCCCACCCAUGAACCCCCUCAACCCUCUCAACCCACUGAGCCCCCUCAACCCCCUCAACGCCCACCCCAGCCUUUACCGGAGACCCCGGCCCAUUGAAGGCCUCUCCCUGGGCCUGGAGAAGUGUGAGGAAGAACGCGUCAGCCGUGGAGGGUCCCUCAAAGGGGACAGAGGGGACCUGUCCAGUGCCCUGGACAACCAGCGAAGCCCCCUGUCCCUGGGCAAACGGGAGCCUCCAUGGCUGGCCAGGCCCUGUCACGGGAACUGUGACCCAGCCCAGCAGGAGGCUGGAGGAGGGGAGACUGUGGUGACCUUUGAGGACAGGGCCAGGCACAGGCAGAGCCAGCGGCGCAGCCGGCACCGCCGUGUUCGCCUGGAAGGCAAGGAGCCUGCCUCGUCCUCCUCCCGGAGCCGGUCAGCCAGCCAAGAGCGGAGUCUGGAUGAAGGUGUGUCCACCGAGGGGGAGAAAGAGCUUGAAUCCAGGAGCAGCCAUGGGAGCAAGGAACCCACAAUCCAGGAAGAAGAAAGAACCCAAGACUUAAGAAGGACCAACAGUCUGAUGGUGUCCAGAGGCUCCGGGCUGGCCGGAGCCCUUGAUGAGGCCGACACACCCUUAGUCCUGCCCCAGCCAGAGCUGGAAGUUGGGAAGGAGGCAGCACUGACGGAGCCAGAGCCAGAGGGCAGCAGUGAGCAAGCCCUGUUGGGAGAUGUCCAGCUGGACAUGGGCCGAGUCAUCAGCCAGAGUGAGCCUGACCUCUCCUGCGUCACAGCCAACACGGACAAGGCCACCACGGAGAGCACCAGUGUCGCUGUUGCCAUCCCCGACGUGGGCCCCUUGGUGGAUUCUACUGUGGUGCACAUUAGCAACAAGACUGAUGGUGAGGCCAGCCCUUUGAAGGAGGCAGACAUCAAAGAGGAUGAGGAGGAGGUGGAGAAGAAGAAGCAAAAGAAGGAGAAGCGGGAAACAGGCAAAGCCAUGGUGCCCCACAGCUCCAUGUUCAUCUUCAGCACCACCAACCCGAUCCGCAGGGCCUGCCACUACAUCGUGAACCUUCGCUACUUUGAGAUGUGUAUUCUCCUGGUCAUCGCGGCCAGCAGCAUUGCCCUGGCAGCUGAGGACCCAGUCCUGACCAACUCGGAGCGCAACAAAGUCCUGAGGUAUUUUGACUAUGUCUUCACUGGCGUGUUCACCUUUGAGAUGGUUAUAAAGAUGAUAGACCAGGGCUUGAUCCUGCAGGAUGGGUCCUACUUCCGAGACCUGUGGAACAUCCUGGACUUUGUGGUGGUGGUUGGUGCCUUGGUGGCCUUCGCUUUGGCAACCAACAAGGGGCGGGACAUCAAGACCAUCAAGUCCCUGCGGGUGCUGCGGGUCCUAAGGCCACUGAAGACCAUCAAACGUCUGCCCAAGCUCAAGGCUGUCUUCGACUGCGUGGUGACUUCCUUGAAGAAUGUCUUCAACAUACUCAUUGUCUACAAGCUCUUCAUGUUCAUCUUUGCUGUCAUUGCUGUUCAGCUCUUCAAGGGAAAGUUCUUUUAUUGCACAGACAGUUCCAAGGACACAGAGAAGGAGUGCAUAGGCAACUAUGUUGAUCAUGAGAAAAACAAGAUGGAAGUAAAAGGCCGGGAGUGGAAGCGCCAUGAGUUCCACUACGACAACAUCAUCUGGGCCCUGCUGACCCUCUUCACGGUCUCCACAGGAGAAGGGUGGCCGCAAGUUCUGCAGCACUCCGUGGACGUGACAGAGGAAGACCGAGGGCCCAGCCGCAGCAAUCGCAUGGAGAUGUCCAUCUUCUACGUGGUCUACUUUGUGGUCUUCCCCUUCUUCUUUGUCAAUAUCUUUGUGGCUUUGAUCAUCAUCACCUUCCAGGAGCAAGGGGACAAGAUGAUGGAGGAGUGCAGCCUGGAGAAGAAUGAGAGGGCGUGCAUCGACUUCGCCAUCAGCGCCAAGCCGCUCACCCGCUACAUGCCUCAGAACAGGCACACCUUCCAGUACCGUGUCUGGCACUUCGUGGUGUCCCCGUCCUUCGAGUACACCAUCAUGGCCAUGAUCGCCCUGAACACCGUGGUGCUGAUGAUGAAGUACUACUCUGCUCCCUGCACCUAUGAGCUAGCCUUGAAGUACCUGAAUAUCGCCUUCACCAUGGUGUUUUCCCUGGAAUGUGUCCUAAAGGUCAUCGCCUUCGGCUUCUUGAACUAUUUCAGAGACACUUGGAAUAUAUUUGACUUCAUCACCGUCAUUGGCAGUAUCACAGAAAUUAUUCUGACAGACAGCAAGCUGGUGAAUACCAGUGGCUUUAACAUGAGCUUUCUGAAGCUAUUUCGUGCUGCCCGCCUCAUCAAGCUCUUGCGGCAGGGCUACACCAUCCGUAUUUUGCUCUGGACAUUUGUGCAGUCCUUCAAGGCCCUUCCCUAUGUCUGCCUCCUGAUUGCCAUGCUCUUCUUCAUCUAUGCCAUCAUUGGGAUGCAGGUGUUUGGAAACAUAAAAUUAGACGAGGAGAGUCACAUCAACCGGCACAACAACUUCCGGAGCUUCUUUGGGUCCCUCAUGCUUCUUUUCAGGAGCGCCACAGGCGAGGCCUGGCAGGAGAUCAUGCUGUCGUGCCUCGGAGAGAAGGGCUGCGAGCCGGACACCACGGCGCCGUCUGGGCAGAACGAGAACGAGCGCUGUGGCACCGACCUGGCCUACGUUUACUUUGUCUCUUUCAUCUUCUUCUGCUCCUUCCUGAUGCUCAACCUGUUUGUGGCUGUCAUCAUGGACAACUUUGAGUACCUGACUCGGGACUCGUCCAUCCUGGGGCCUCAUCACCUGGAUGAGUUCGUCCGUGUCUGGGCAGAAUAUGACAGAGCUGCGUGUGGCCGCAUCCAUUACACUGAGAUGUAUGAAAUGCUGACUCUCAUGUCACCACCGCUAGGCCUCGGCAAGAGAUGUCCCUCCAAAGUGGCAUAUAAGAGGUUGGUCUUGAUGAACAUGCCUGUAGCUGAGGACAUGACUGUCCACUUCACCUCUACGCUGAUGGCUCUGAUUCGGACAGCCCUGGACAUCAAAAUUGCCAAAGGUGGUGCGGACAGGCAGCAGCUAGACUCAGAGCUCCAAAAGGAGACCCUGGCCAUCUGGCCUCACCUGUCCCAGAAGAUGCUAGAUCUGCUGGUGCCCAUGCCCAAAGCCUCUGACCUGACUGUGGGCAAAAUCUAUGCAGCAAUGAUGAUCAUGGACUACUACAAGCAGAGUAAGGUGAAGAAGCAGAGGCAGCAGCUGGAGGAACAGAAAAACGCACCCAUGUUCCAGCGCAUGGAGCCCUCCUCCCUGCCUCAGGAGAUCAUCGCUAAUGCCAAAGCCCUGCCUUAUCUCCAGCAGGACCCAGGCCUGAGUGGCCGUAGUGGAUACACGUCGAUGAGUCCACUCUCCCCCCAGGAAAUAUUCCAGUUGGCUUGUAUGGACCCAGCUGAUGAUGGACAGUUCCAGGAACAGCAAUCUCUGGAGCCAGAGGUUAGUGAAUUAAAAAGCGUGCAGCCCUCUAACCAUGGCAUCUACAUUCCUUCGGACACCCAGGAGCAUGCGGGAUCUGGGAGGGCAGCCUCUAUGCCACGUCUGACUAUGGAUCCCCAGGUGGUGACAGACCCCAGCUCCAUGAGACGAUCGUUUUCCACUAUUCGGGAUAAGCGUUCCAAUUCUUCAUGGCUGGAGGAGUUCUCCAUGGAGAGAAGCAGCGAAAACACUUACAAGUCUCGCCGCCGGAGUUACCACUCCUCCCUACGGCUGUCAGCUCAUCGCCUGAACUCAGAUUCAGGCCACAAGUCUGACACUCACCGCUCAGGGGGCAGAGAACGGGGGCGGUCCAAAGAGCGUAAGCAUCUUCUUUCUCCUGAUGUCUCCCGCUGCAAUUCAGAGGAGCGGGGAACCCAGGCCGACUGGGAGUCCCCAGAGCGCCGCCAGUCAAGGUCUCCCAGCGAGGGCAGGUCACAGACGCCCAACAGACAGGGCACGGGCUCCUUGAGCGAAAGCUCCAUUCCCUCCAUCUCGGACACCAGCACCCCAAGGCGAAGUCGUCGGCAGCUCCCACCGGUCCCUCCAAAGCCUCGGCCCCUCCUUUCCUACAGCUCCUUGAUGCGACACACAGGGAGCGUCUCUCCCCCCGCUGAUGGCAGCGAGGGCGGCUCCCCGCUGGCCUCCCAAGCUCUGGAGAGCAACGAGGCCGGCCUGACCGAGUCUUCCAGCUCCCGGCACGCACAGCAGGGCCAGCAUGCCUCCCCACAGCGCUACAUCUCCGAGCCCUACCUGGCCCUGCACGAAGACUCCCACACCUCGGACUGUGGUGAGGAGGAGACACUCACCUUCGAAGCAGCGGUGGCCACCAGCCUGGGCCGCUCCAACACAAUUGGCUCGGCCCCACCCCUGCGGCACAGCUGGCAGAUGCCCAAUGGGCACUACCGGCGGCGGAGGCGUGGGGGGCCUGGGCCAGGCAUGAUGUGCGGCGCUGUCAGCGACCUCCUAAGUGACACGGAAGAAGAUGACAAAUGCUAGAGGCUGCUCCCCCCUCCGAUGCAUGCUCUUCUCUCACAUGGAGAAAAUCAAGACCGAAUUGGGAAGCCUGUGAGGCCCGGGGGGGAGGAAGAGGGAGGAGGAAGAAGCAAGGACACCAUGUAAUGUCAGAGGAGAGAAAGGAAAAGACAAACCAGUCAAACCCACCAAAUUGCUUUAUUUCCCCUUUGCAAGAUAGGCACUGCCAUAGUUCUGCCUCUUUGCUGGGGAAAGAAAUUCCAAGAACAUGGAGGGUUAUUCCCACAGGAGAAGGGACACGAGGAUGGCUAUGCUUCCCCUGGCCUCUUCCCACUUUUCUACAAGCCGUGGCGGGAUCGAGCCGGCCUGUGUCUAUGCGUACUGCCCCGAGAAGCCUGGAAGACUCUCUGGCUCUACACUGGGGAGCCAUGGAGACUGUGGGAGAGCACCCUCCUCCCUCCACCGCACCACUGCCGCCAGGCGCUACAGCAGCAUCUCAUGCUUCCUCCUGUGACUUGUUGCCCCCAAGAAGCACAGGCUAAGUUCAGGAGCAUCGGCUGCCAAGGUGGGGGAAGCCAGGGAGGGAGGACAAGCUGCCAUGGAAGGGGUCAGAGUGCUGUGGCAGCAGCAGCAAGGGCUGGUCUGGAUGAGCAAAGCCAUAGCCCAGCAGCCACGCCAUGGAGGAAAGGGUGGUCCUGGGGGGAGCAGGUCUGUUAGUACACAGUAGGUGCUGUGAGCACCAGAAGAGGCUGAGGGUACUUGGGGGCCCUAGAGGCACCUACAACUCUGCUAAGCAUCAUUUUGGAAAAGCAUUAAUAGCUCUAUAGCCAGGGCACCAGCUGAAGAGAGUGGAGUCCAGCCUUACUGCUGGAGCCCCAGGUCAGGCCUUUGACCCAAAGCUACCGGUCAUGGGGGGGACACUGAGGGUGAGCUAAGUGCGGUUGGGGGACUUAGGCAGCGUCCAUUUCCAGCCCGUACAGUAGUCAUUCUGCUUGUGGACAGUGCGGCAGUUGCCCCAGCACACAAUGGCUCAGUGUCAGAGCCCACACUCUGGCCCAGAGAGUGGGCCUCUCCACCGGGCAGCCAGAGGCCCAGCCUUCCCUGCCACUCCCCCAAGAGGGCCACACACAUACCCGAGGCAGGUCACACGUCGCCUAGUAGGGACUCCUACAGAAAUGGGCAAGGCCGAGAGAGAAACAAGAGAAGCUUCCAUGAAAGUCAGUCUGCACUCCCCUAAGACCUCCUGCAAGGAAGGACUGAUGGUGGCAGCUUCUGCAGCUGAUUUGUGGUUGCGGGUCAGUUUGUCAGGAUACUUUUAAGGUUAUUAGUAAAUAUACCUCAGCUUCAGCCUGGACUGCUCCUUCGAGCAAAGCAGGCUCUGAUGGGGCCUCAUCACGCAAUGUGACGUAAUGAGGCCCUGGGCCAGCACUGGGUUUUACCCUUCCCCAGAGUAAGAGCUGGACAGACAACAGCCUGAGGCCACUAUGUCCUUUCUCACCCCCUAAAAAAACUCAGAAAGUGGGACCUUUCAGCUAAUCAGUGUCCUUCAGUCUAGAUUAUCCACUGGCUCAAACAUGGCACUGUCUUUCUCUGAUGGAGAGGCACCUUUCCCGAAAGUCCCUCCUCACUCUCCAGAGGUGAGGAAGGGCCACCCUUUCCCAGACAAGGACCAGUGGAACCUGCCUCACAGGACCCUCCCUGGGGAGACUCAGAGGCCCAGGACAAAGAUCACAGUGUCUAGGCACCUUUUUUAUCCUCCUCCAGCCCAGACAGACCCUGGAGUAGGAGCAGUCGGUGGUUGCUAUUUAUCUUAGAAGACCUCUUUUUUUCUGAGGAAAUUUUGGUUUGUAGUUUUUUUGUUUGGGUUGAAACAGUUACAUCAGCCUCCAAAAGCCCAAUCCAAUCAUGUGGCUGUAGCACCAUUCAUCAUGGCCCCACCUUCUAGAUAGUGAUGGAGCUUCAUGACCCACGGUCAGCCCCCAAACCAAAGUCGUCCCAUGGCAGGAGACUCACGAGGCAGAGACAAUGGCCUCCCACUCUCAAGCCCUCUUCUACUUUCCUCUCCUGCUUAGCACAUGUGUGCCGGAGGGCAGCUGGGAAUAUGAGCACCCCGAUCCCAACAGACGUGAUAGUUACGUAAGACUCAGAUGCUGGGCCCUGUAGUGUUGGAAAGGUUUCCUCUGCUCAGCAUCAUCUCCUGCCAAAGUGCUGCUAUGGGCUGCUCUGUGUGCACAAAAUUGCUUUCUUCCACCUUGGAAAUACAGCUUUCCCUAGGGAAAGGCCUGCAACAGGAAGGCCAUUCUGAGCCAGCGUGUCUAUUGCAUUGUGUUUUGAGAAAGAGAAUUGAAGUGAUACCUUAUGCCAUUUCAAUAGUGGGAGAAAUUUAGGCUGGCAGAGCAAUUACCAGAAGUGGAAUUUGCCUGCACACAACAUUACGAACAGUAAAUUGACUGUGCUAGGAAACCUCCUUAGACGCCCGAACUCCUUAAACUCACAGACACAAGUGUUUGAGUCCUGAAUAAAGUGAUAUAAAGCAACAGACAUGGUCCCUGACCGACCACCUGGGUUAUGAACUCGUUUCCUUGACCCAAGGGAUUGGGUUUCUCACCCCUUAGCCUGCACUUACCCUUCUAUGAAGACCAGAAAGUAAAAACGAAUUUUCUAUUAAGUCAAGGAUCUCAUACUGUAAUGACCUCCUUCCAUCUCUGAAUAGAUAUGAAUUCCAACCUCCCCUCCAGCAGUGGCUAGGGCAGCCCCUCUAGGUACCAGAAACCACCUUGUCUCAUCUCUGGAAAAGAGGUCCCUUUAGAUGUCAGAAUAACCCUCUUUGGGUUCAAAAAUAUGACAGCAUCUUAAGCCCCUCAAAGCAAAAGAAGCCUUAGAUACACAACAUAACAUUUAGUACAGUAGGUUCUUCAGAGGAAUCUUUAGCUUUGUGUCCAGUUGGCUUUGCUAAUGUUAAUCUUCAGCAUCUCUUCUAAACAAGCAAUGGAGGGAGGGUGUGGAAAAAGAGGAGGGAAAGAAAACCAUCCCAGGCAGGUGUUCAACUGGGUUUGCAUUCACCUCUCCCUUCACCUAAGGCCCCAGACUUCUGGUGGGGAAUUCCUGCCUGUCCCUCUCUCUGUCACCAAGAGGGCAGAGCACCAGCUGGCCUUCAACAAUGGGGGCCAGCACCCUCAACUCUAGGCCAAGGUCAGGAAAGAGUUAUCUCUACCAGAAAGAGACAGUGCCCUGAGUAUCCCCGAGCCAUAAACACAACUGCCCGGUAUGGGCCUGUCUGUUCUAGCUGAAGAAACUAUUCUCUCAUCAUCCCCCAGGUGCUGAGAUCACACACAACAUUUCUCUGGGGCUGAACUUCAGAUAUUCUAAAUUUUGCCCUCCCUUGCUUCUGGCAAUGGCAAGAGAAACUCCAUGUUCCUCUACGCAGCCAGCCUCCUGUCUUGCCCCCUACACAUCCCACAUGCUGAACCCUCUGUCCCCACGCCAGCCCUUGUUUUGCUGCAUGUACCUCUGACCCAACUCCCAAGAUGGUUAAAUCCAUCAGAUCCCAGCUUAGUUGCUCACCUGCCUGCCUCUGCUGUGCUCUCUGCUAUUGGGGUACACUUUCUUCUCAUGAAAAAAAGUUGGGAAUUCAUAACGCGAUAAUCACAAGAUGAUCUGAAGAAGAAUGAAAGGCACAGGACUGAGAGGGGGAUUAUAGACAAAAUGUGCACAGAUUGCAUAAAAAAAUCCUCUGCAGGAGAAAGUUCUCUGCAGGCAUAACAGAAAACCAAAAUUAUGUAAAAUUUGGUUCUAAGAAAAAGCUCUCUCUCAUUCCACCCUAUUUCUAAAGUCUGCUCUGGAUAUUCAUUUUUUGGCCCAAGUAUUAUGGGGUCAAGCCAGGGACAAAUCAGGAGUUUUAAUUAAGGAUUUGCUCAAUGAUAAAUUUGCCAGGAUGUAUAUAGAGGCACAUAGGACAGCGGGAAAGGAACAGAUAGUCACCUACCCUGCAGGGAUCUUGUGAGACUUGAAGGUUAAGAAAGUUCCACUUAUGGUUUUGUUUUUUGUUUUCAUCAGUUUCAAGGCUUUACAUUUUGAGACCCUCCAAGGUUUGGUGCUGCAAAGAGUUGUGAUGGGAGGGGCUUGUCCCUACCUUGUGGUGGACUCUCUCCUUUUCAUCUGUCCUAUCCCUCUUCCCUCCCUCUGGGGCCCAGGGUGUUGUGCUCUGCCCUGGGGGUUCAGGAGAGGACUUUAUGAUGCAGAAAACGAGGAAAGCAGCUCCUCAUAUGUGGCCAGGCAAGGCGUGAUGGCUUAACCCCAGCCAAGUGCUCCACAGGAAAUUGGUCCCUGUUCCAGUCAUUGAUCACUUAAACAUCACCACUCUGAGACUCUUAACAAAAGCCUAACAAAGGUAACUCAGGAGCCAGGAACUAUCCUGUCUGUGAGGUAGAUCAGAGAUUCCACAUGAACAAGAACUGCCUGUGCCCAUAGUUGUGUCUUUUAAUUUUGUGUUUCACCCCUGUUCUGCCUUGGGCCAGGUCUGCCACAGCAGCGCUACAACUGCUGGCUUCUGGCCACAGGGUCAGGCCAGCUACAGACUCCUGAGGAGACCUUCAGCUGCCAUGUGCUGCCACAUGCAUGUAAAAGACAUGUCACCUGUGGGAACCAAAGCUUGGGAUCAGAAAGAACUAUCUUGGGUUUCUAGGGGCCAUCUUUCUCUGCCAUUGAACCCUUUCUCUUUGACUGUCAGAGGUGUUUGCGUCCCAGAAAUCACUCCACACCAAAGAAACCACAUCCAUAGAUGGUCCCCAACUACUGAAGGGUUGGGAAGCUUCUCUCCAGCCAGCUGGUGGAGAAGUAUGGGUGAGGCUCACCUCAGUUUCAUGGGGGCUGGUGAGGUGGGGAGGAGCAAACUGCCUUCCACUUUUGUCAUCUUGCUUCCAUGGUGGG